GCUCUCUCGCCUUCAAACUCUCCCUCUCUCUUUCUCUCUCUCCAUCUCCACAGCAGCUGUAUCUAAGAGCACUGAAGCCACAGCAGAAGUGGAUGGCAGUCAGCUAUAACUGAGGAGAGAACGGAAAGGAGAGCAGACACACAGCAGAAAUCUGAAGCUCUGAAAUCACUGUGCUCUGAAAAAGCACCUUCCUCCACCAGAAAUGGCCUCUGCAUAGGAAUUCACUUGCACACAGCAGCAAGAAAUCAGAGGUCUGAGACAGCGGAGGGGGACCGAACGGACAGGAAGAUGGCGGGAGAAAAGCCAGGAGGAGUGAAAAACAGCAUCUCCAUUGUGCCUUGCUUCCUGUUUGUGGAGCUGGUGAUCAUGGCCGGCACAGUGCUCCUGGCUUACUACUUCGAGUACACGGAUACUUUCCCCGUCCACAUCCAGGGCUUCUUCUGCUACGACAAGGCAUUCUCCAAGCCCUACCCCGGCCCGGAGGACAACAGCAAAGCCCCUCCAGUGCUGGUGUACUCCCUGGUCACUGCCAUCCCCACCGUCACGAUCCUGGCAGGUGAGCUGACCUGUUUCUUCAUGAAGUCAGAGGGGGUGCAGGAGAAGACCAUAGUGACGGCAGACUGCUGCUACUUCAACCCCCUGCUGCGCAGAAUUGUGCGCUUCCUCGGAGUCUAUUCUUUUGGUCUCUUCACCACUACUAUAUUUGCCAAUGCAGGGCAGGUGGUGACAGGAAAUCAGACGCCUCACUUCCUGUCUGCCUGUCGCCCCAACUACACAGCCCUGGGCUGCCACUCCCCCAUGCAGUACAUUACUGAGCGUCGCGCGUGCACAGGAAACCCCUUUGUUGUUGCGUCCGCCCGCAAAUCCUUCCCCUCCAAGGAUGCAGCUCUCAGCAUCUACUCUGCUGUCUACACAGUGAUGUACGUGACCAUAGUAUUCCGCACGAAGGGCACAAGGCUGACAAAACCCACCCUGUGCCUGACGCUGCUGUCUCUGGCCGUGCUGGUAGGCGUGGUCCGUGUGGCCGAGUACCGCAACCAUUGGUCAGACGUGUUGGCUGGUUUCCUGACUGGGGGUGCCAUUGCAGCUUUUCUGGUGACUUGUGUGAUCAACAACUUCCAGCAGCCGCGGCCCCCCCCACCGCCGGCCCCGCCCCAACGUCCAGAGCCCGUACUCAGCAUGCCGAUGAUGCCCCUUCCCUGUGUGGAGAGUCCACUCGAAAAACUGCGGGAUCUGCGUUCACAGAGAUCACAUGACCAUCAGCCUUACCUGUUCCCCGCCACCCCCGAUGUCCUCAUACCGUCUCGCUCCAUCUCCAGCGAAGUCUAGACCUUCCGUCCGACCACGCCCACCAAUGUGCCGUUCAUCCUGCUGGAAGACCCCCCCUCACCCGCUCUUAUUCCACACAGGUCUAGACUCAGACCCCAUCAUGCUGUGCGAACAUUACCAAAAAUAAUACGUAUGCCCCCUUCCUCUAGGCACGCUUUUCUAUUCUGGACUGAGGUGAGCUACUGUCGUGUACAGUGUUAUUUGCCUUUUUCAUAGUUGUUUUUUCAUACUGACCAUUGUGAUAGUAAAAAAUUUACAACAGUCCAGACUUCAAAAAGUCCACACAUUUUUAUUUUCCUUUGAGCUUUUUUUCCUCCACCUGAAAGAAAGAAGACGAAAUCCUUAUUUUCUGGCAUUAACUUAAGAUAUUCAGUUCCAAUGGUAUGGAAAAAAACUGAAAAGAAUCCACAUCAGCCCCUAAAUCUAACUGAGAAAUUGAUUGUUCCUGGUUGUUAUUCAGCAUUCUCUAUGUUUUGAAGGAGCACAAACUGGGACAAAGGCAGUCUAUAAGUGAGAUUCACCCUUCAGGUUGGGUGUCUAAAUAGCAUCUCCUCCCUUCACACCUAUUAGAACUGACUCCAGCCCCU